AUGAGCAAGACCAGCAAGCCAUGGCUGCCGCAGACAGCAGCCCCAGAAAUCAUAUUCUACAAUGCGAAUGUCGUGGACGUUGAAGCCGGCAUCGUCAUUUCAAAUUCCACAGUGCAUAUCAAGAAUGGGCGUAUUGCUGGUGUGACCACAGGGGACGCAGCGAAGCCGUCCACAGGGCCGAAUACGGUGGAUCUGAUGGGUCAAUACAUCUGCCCUGGCUUGAUUGACUGCCACGUGCAUCUUACUGCAACGCCUGGCUCGUCCUCUCUUAAAGAAAUAUUUGCCGCGAGUGCCAACAGUAUUGCAUACCGCACAUCAUUUGUUGCACGCGAGAUGCUUCUCCGAGGAUUCACUACAGCUCGUGAUACAGGCGGUGCUGAUUAUGCUCUCCGUGAAGCGAUAUCUGAAGGCUUGAUCAUGGGACCGAGGCUAUUCAUAGCAGGCAAAGCCCUCUCGCAAACUGGCGGACACGGAGAUUCCCGAGCCAAUUACCAGGGCGAUGAGUAUAAAUGCUGCGGUGGACACUCGGUAAACUUAUCCCGGGUGUGUAAUGGCGUGCCAGAGUGCCUGAGCGCGGCGCGAGAUGAGCUCAGGCAGGGCGCCGACUUUAUCAAGAUCAUGUGUGGAGGUGGUGUUGCAUCGCCGUCUGACGCCCUUGAUAUGGUUCAGUUCACUGCAGAAGAAAUCCGUGCAAUCACGACGACUGCCAAGCAGUCCAAGACUUACGUCACAGCCCAUGCAUACAGCAUUGAAGCUAUUCGUCAUGCUGUAGAUAAUGGGGUCCGAGGCAUCGAACAUGGAAACUUCAUUGACGAGGAAACGGCCGCCUAUUGCACGGAAUUGGGUGUGAUAUUCACUCCAACUUUAGUUACUUACUACGGCAUGUCACGACCUCCAUUUGACAAGUUCUUGGACAAUGUCAAUCAGGUCAAGAAUCGCCAAGUGCUGGCUAGCGGCUUGAAUGCAUUGUCAAUUUUGCGCAAGGCUGGGGCAACGAUUUGCUAUGGAUCCGACCUCCUAGCUGGCUUGCACUCGCUCCAAAACGAAGAAUUCUCCAUCCGAUCGGGUGUUCUAAGUGCAAAGGAUAUUUUGCAGUCGGCUACUAUCAAUGCUGCGAAGUAUUUGGGGAUGGAGGGUCAACUUGGAUGCAUCAAGAAAGGGAGUAUUGCUGAUCUGUUGGUCUUAAAAUCUAAUCCGCUGGAAGAUAUCACCAUUUUGGAUCACAUCCAAGAUAAUCUUGUAGCUAUCCUCAAAGAUGGACGGAUCGUUUUCAAAAAGUCAACCUGGCUUUCCGUCGAUCCUCUAUAUGACCCUUGUCGCAUUCAACUUCAAUGA